CUUUGUCUUAAACCCUAAACUCCUAAAACUCAUCACAAAAUCAUGAAACUCUACAACUUAGCCCUUUUUGGCUUCUUGUUCAUCAUUUUCUUCUUCUCAAAACCCUCAUUUCAAGCUUCAAUCAAAUAUGAACCAAACCCUAGACUUUUUGAUGCUUACAUAGCUCUACAAGCUUGGAAACAUGUCAUGACUUCCGAUCCAAGAAACUUCACAAAAGAUUGGUAUGAUUACAAUGUUUGUAACUACACCGGGGUUUAUUGUGCUCCAGCUCCAGAUAACCCUAAUAUCACCACUGUUGCUGGUAUUGACCUCAACCAUGCAAAUAUCUCCGGAUACUUACCUGAAAAACUUGGUUUAUUGACUGAUUUAGCCGUCUUUCAUAUAAAUUCCAAUAGAUUUGAAGGCUCAAUCCCGAAAUCUUUUUCUAAGCUUCGAAUUUUAUUCGAACUUGACGUGAGUAACAAUCUAUUUUGUGGUGAGUUUCCUUCCGUUGUGUUAUCUCUUCCUUCUUUGAAAUUUCUUGAUAUUAGGUAUAACCAAUUCGAAGGAAAAGUCCCUUCAACCCUUUGGGAUCGAACACUCGAUGCUCUUUUCAUAAACAACAACAAAUUUCAAUUUUCUUGGCCUAAAAACUUAGGUAAAUCACCCGUUUCUGCUUUGGUUAUGGCAAAUAUUAAUGUAACGGGGUGUAUACCAUCAAGUAUAGCAAAAAUGUCGAAAACAUUAAAUGAGAUUAUUCUCUCGAAUUCGAGUUUAAGUGGAUGUUUGCCACAAGAAUUAGGGUUAUUGAAAAAUGUUAGGGUUCUUGAUGUGAGUUUUAACAAGCUUGUUGGUGAGUUGCCGGAAUCAGUUGGUGGAAUGAAGAAAUUGGAACAUCUUAACGUGGCACAUAACAAGUUUUCCGGUGAGAUUCCGAUGAGUAUUUGUUCAUUACCAAAGUUGGAUAAUUUCACUUACUCUUAUAAUUAUUUUUGUGGUGAACCAAAGAUUUGUCUCAAGUUGAAGGAUAGAAAUGAUAAGAAAAAUUGUAUACCAUAUCGACCAUCACAACGUUCAGAAAGUGAAUGUAAGACAUUUUAUUCACGAGGUCCGGUGGAUUGUAGUUCAUUUGGUUGUAGAUCACCGCCACCACCGCCACCUCCACCACCACCACCACCGCCGCCGCCGCCACCUCCACCACCACCAAAAUCACAUUAUUACCAUUAUCCUUAA